AUGGACGGAGCGUCCUCUUCUGGUCCUCGACCAUAUAUUCGUCUUACCUCACAGCUGAAGAACACAACUCGUUCCGCUGGUGGAGAAGUACGAUUCAAAUGUGAAGCUGUCGGAACGCCACCGCUUUCUUUCACUUGGCUGAAGAACCACGCGCCGAUCGAAAAGUCGAGGAAAGUUAAGGUACGGAAUCGUGAGAACUCGUCCCGUUUGGUCAUCUCUGAGUUGGACGUGCUGGACUCGGGUUACUAUCAAUGCAUAGCGUCCAACUCAGCCGCCUCUGUCAACACAACCAGCGUACUUCGGGUCAGUUAG